CGAUUUAUCUUUUAAGCACAUCAAUCGCUUUCUCGUUCAAAUUUUGAAUUUUUAUUUUGUUAUUGUCAUUGUUUGUUUUUAUAUUAAAUUUCAGUGCUAAAUUAGAAUCGCUUAACUCGCUCGACGUACAAAAUUUAAUCUGUUAACAUGAAUAAAAUCGUUUUUGCCGUCAUAACAAUAAGUGAUACUUGUGCUGAAGAUGCCUCGAAAGAUAAAAGCGGCCCACGUUUAGUUAGUCUUAUCAAAAAUUCUUUUCAAAAUGCUGAAAUUACAACAAAUAUUCUGCCUGAUGAAUAUGAACUCAUACAAAAAGAGUUGAAAUACUUAGCACAUAAGAGAAAACCUUCCGUUAGUUUUAUUAUCACAACAGGUGGCACCGGUUUUGGAGUGCGUGACGUUACGCCAGAAGCAACUAGGCCAAUUUUAGACAAAGAAUGUAAUUUCUUGACUAUUGCAAUUGCAAUGAAUUCAUUGCAAAAAACCAAAUUUGCUGCACUCUCACGGGGUUUGUGCGGUAUAGCGCAGGACACAUUAAUAUUAAAUUUUCCAGGCAGUGAAAAAGCCGUUGUAGAAUGCUUCGAAGCUGUGCAGGAUAUUCUGCCACACGCCUUACAUUUAAUACGUAACGAUCUGACGCUAGUUAAGAGUUUACAUGCUGAAAUACAAAAUACCAACAGUUCUCAUGCAAGUGCUAUGGAUGCUCCUAUUCAUAUUUGUCCGCAUAAAACUGGUACCGGUGACGCUAAUGAUCGUAAUUCACCAUAUGCUAUGACACCUGUAACUCGGGCACUCGAUGUUAUUUAUGAAGCAGUACAACCAAAACCAGAGAUAAACAUAAAAAAAAUACUGGAUGAUUUUAAAGCACCUGUAAAUGUACCACCAUUUCGCGCUUCCAUCAAAGAUGGUUAUGCAAUGAAAUCAACUGGUUUUUCUGGCACAAAAAAGGUUUUAGGGUGUAUUGCAGCGGGCGAUAAAGUUAAUAUGCAUAAAUUACAAGAGGAUGAAUGUUUUAAAAUAAACACUGGUGCAGCUAUUCCACAUUAUGCUGAUUGUGUCAUACAAGUAGAGGAUACGAAACUAUUGAAGUUCAAGCAACAAGAUGAUGAAAUAAUAGAGCAAUUUGUCUCCAUUAUUGUUGAGCCAAAGAAGGAUUUGGAUAUAAGACCUAUAGGUUGUGACCUCAGCAAAGGCAGUAAUGUGUUUCCCAUCAUUGACCAUACGCCAGUUGUUAUAGAGUCGAUAUUAGCAUCAGUUGGUGUCUUUAAACAAAUUAAAAAACCUAAAGUCGCUGUAGUAUCAACUGGUAGUGAAUUACUAGCACCAGGACAACCAGAAGUCCCGGGAAAAAUAUACGAUUCCAAUUCAACAAUGCUAGAAGAACUAUUGAAGUAUUUUGGUUUCGAUUGCAUGCGUAAAGAAAUUGUGUCAGAUGAUUAUCAGAGUGUGAGAAAAGUUAUUGCUGAUUUAUUCAAAUCGGUUGAUUUCGUAAUUUGUAGUGGCGGCGUAUCAAUGGGUGAUAAAGAUUACAUUAAACCAGUGUUGAAAGAAUUAAAAUUUAAUAUUGAUUUCGGACGCGUAAAUAUGAAACCAGGCAAACCUAUGACAUUUGCUUCACGUUCGGAAAAAUAUUUCUUUGGAUUACCUGGUAAUCCAGUUUCGGCGUUCGUAACAUUUCAUUUAUUUGUGCUACCAGCAUUACGUUGGGCUUCUGGUUGGGCGCGUGAUAAAUGUGAACUCUCAACUCUAUCAGUCACGUUGGAAAAUAAAAGCAUUGCUUUAGAUCCUCGUCCGGAAUAUAUGCGUGCGCAAAUAACUAGUAAAAAUGGUCAAUUAUAUGCAUCCAUUAAUGGAAACCAGAUGAGCAGUAGAUUGCAAAGCAUUGUUGGUGCCGACGUUUUGGUGCAUUUUCCAGCACGCACUGAAGGCAAAACACAUGCCGUUGCUGGUGAUGUAUUGCGUGCCUCAGUUUUACGUUACGACUUCAUUUCAAAAUACGAAUAAUUGAAAUUUAUUUUAUUUAAAACUUUAACUGGUGUUGGUGCAAUAUUGAAUGUAAACAGUUACACUGCAUGCCAUAGUACUGAACAAAUUAUAUAUAUAUAUAUUUUUUAAAAAUUAUAUAGUUUGGUAUAAUCAAACUUUAUAAGUAGGCAGCUAUUAUAUACAAAAUUUAAAAAUAUUAUUUAAUACAAUGAACACACAAUUGU